AUGGUUCCAACCGCAAUUCAAUGUUUGGUAUUUGUUUUUUUCAGCAUGCCAAUAAUUCGAGUGAAUUCUCUAACAUGUCAAGGGAUUUCUCAGUAUGCUCAAUGCUCACUGAAUAGUGCUUGCGGCUGUAUGCACAUGCCAGGUGCUAUUAACGCUGGUAUUUGUGGAUUUACGCAUCUUGCCUGUUCUGGAUUUGUUCCAUGUGCAUCUUCAAACAACGUUUGUGAACCAGGCUACAUCUGUGUAUAUCAUCCUGUAUGCUAUACACUUCCAAUUUGUUAUCCAGUGUCGAUGGCCGGUGAACCCUUUUGUCCAACGAUAACAAUGACCAAUACUACAACACAACCAACUUUCAUUACAACUACAACUUCAACUACAUCCACCACUUCGCAGCCAGAGAAUAUUAAUCUUAAAUGGAAACAAAAUGGCAUUACCGUGGCUGGUGGAAAUGGACUUGGACAAGAAUUAAAUCAACUCUAUCACCCUAAAGGAGUCUUUCUAGAUAAAAAGAAAAAUAUGUUCAUAGUUGAUUACUAUAAUCAUCGUAUUGUUGAAUGGAAAUAUAACGAAAAGGAAGGACAAAUCAUUGCUGGUGGAACUGGACAGGGAAAUAGAAUGGAUCAAUUGAAUUUUCCAUCCGUUGUGAUUGUUGAUCAACAAGAUCAUUCGAUGAUCAUUGCUGAUCAAGGGAACGGACGGGUGAUUCGAUGGCUGAAUCAAACUCAACAAAUUCUCAUUCACAAUAUUGACUGCUAUGGCUUGGCAAUGGAUAAACAUGGAUUUCUUUAUGUUUCUGAUACUAAGAGGAAUGAAGUAAGACGAUGGAAAAUGGGAGAAUACGACAACGAAGGACUUGUAGUGGCAGGUGGAAAUGGAAAAGGAGACCAACUCAAUCAACUUGAUUUUCCAACUUAUAUCUUUGUUGAUAACGAUCAAUCUGUUUAUAUAUCAGAGUAUUACAAUCAUCGUGUGAUGAAAUGGAGAAAAGAUGCAAAAGAAGGAACAAUUGUGGCUGGGGGAAAUGGUCAAGGAAGAAAUCUUAAUCAACUGGCUGCACCUGAAGUAGUAAUAGUUGACCAUUUGGGUCAAACCUAUGUGGCAGAUUCUUGGAAUAAUCGAGUAAUGCGUUGGUGUAAAGGAAAAGAAGAAGGUGAAAUUGUUGUUGGUGGUAAUGGUCAAGGAAAUCAAUCAAAUCAAUUCAUUCUUCCCAUGGGUUUAUCUUUUGAUGAUGAAAUAAAUCUUUAUGUUGCUGAUCAUUACAAUCAUCGAAUUCAAAAAUUUGAAAUAAUAUUGUGA